AUGUCCGAGUGCGGCGCGGGCCCCGCGGGCGCCGGCCAGGCCCGGCCCAAGCCGCUCCGCGUGGGCUUCUACGACGUGGAGCGGACCCUGGGCAAAGGCAAUUUUGCGGUGGUGAAGCUGGCGCGGCACCGAGUCACCAAAACGCAGGUGGCAAUAAAAAUAAUCGAUAAGACACGAUUGGAUUCUGGCAAUUUGGAGAAGAUCUACCGGGAGGUCCAGCUCAUGAAGCUCCUGAACCACCCACACAUCAUCAAGCUCUACCAGCCCUUGUUCUUCUCCAUGGAUGCCAACUGCAAUGGCGUGCUCCGGCACCGCCCCACCUCUCCCAGUAGCCUGCUGGACACGGCCAUCAGUGAGGAGGCCCGGCAGGGGCCUGGCCUGGAGGAGGAGCAUGAGGCCCAGGAGCCCCUGGCGGGCAGCACCGGCCGAAGACACACGCUGGCCGAGGUCUCCACCCACUUCCCGCUCGCCCCUCCCUGCAUCGUGGUCUCCUGCUCGGCCUCCGCGAGCCCCUCGGAAGGAACAAGCUCCGACAGCUGCCUCACCUUCUCUUCCAGCCAGGGCCCCGCAGGGCUCGGGGGCGGCCUGGCUGCCCAGGGGCUGCUGGGCGCCUGCUCUUGCAUCAGGUUCCCCUCCCCGUUCCUGGAGGCACAGUCUGCCACCCCCGUGCUGCAGGCCCAGGCGGGCCUCGGGGGGGCCGUCCUGCUCCCCGUCAGCUUCCAGGAGGGCCGGAGGGCAUCAGACACCUCGCUGACCCAAGGACUGAAGGCCUUCCGGCAGCAGCUGAGGAAGAACGCGAGGACCAAAGGGUUCCUGGGCCUGAACAAGAUCAAGGGGCUGGCACGCCAGGUGUGCCAGUCCUCCAGCCGGGCCCCCAGGGGUGCCCUCCACGCACCUGCGCAGAGCCCCAGCCUGCAGAGCGGCUCUGCUGGCGGCCGGGAAGGCCGAAGCCUGCUGGAGGAGGUGCUGCACCAGCAGAGGCUGCUCCAGCUCCAGCACCAC